UGGAAUACUUUGAAUAUCCCCUCCCCCACUUUUCCGCCCUGGCUCUUCUUUUGUUGUCAAGUCCUUUUGAUAAAUGGUGGUGCUGGGAGCGCUGGGGAGCCUGGAGCCAGUCUGUACCCGCGCGGGGGCGGGGGCCGGGCCUGGAGACCCGGUUUCCACCCGCGCUCAGCCGGCCCUGAGCCCCGUAGGCACGGAAGUCGGGUCUGGGACCUGCCCUCGGCGUGCUCGCCCUCUCCUCUCUCACCACCCCAUUCCUCUCUCCCUCAUUUUUGUCUCUGUCUCCCACUCCGAACAGGUACCGAGAACUUUCUGGGGAAUCGACAUAAUUUCUCUGGCUGCGGGUUGCGCUGUCUGUAUCCGAAUAAAUCCAGCUCGCAUUCGUCCAGCAGGAAACGGCUCCUCCCGGUUCCCGUGUACGGAGACGCAUCGGCCCAGCACGGGACGCGAGAUGGCUCCUCGUGCUCGUAAGGCGGCAGGUCUGGCCUCCGAGGGAGGCUGGACUAUCAGCGCGCUCAGGCCGAGCAGCCUCUCGCUGCCCGGCAGUGCCUGGCAGUCCCCCACCUCUGCCUGUGCUUCGGGAACCCGCCGGGUCGAGUCCGUCCGGGGCGAAAACUGAAAGCAAAUUCCACGGCAGAUGAAGCUCGAACUUUCUACGAAGCAAGUCUGCAGCAGAGAUUCGGUGGUACCUUUGAGAGGACAGCGCGCGCAAAGUGGGGCGGUGGGCGAAGAGGGCACCGGGUGUCUGAGCUUGGUCCGCGGCGAAACGCGAGGGAAGGCGCCUCCCCCUCCUUAUUUCCCGCCAACUCCUCGGCCUCUGUCCGUAAAAAUAGUUUCCAAGGUGCCGCGGACGCCCAGGAUGUGAUUGUGGGAAUCGCACCAGGGAGGAGGCGGCUUUGUAAAAGUUGCAGAAAAAGCUUUACCCAGAAGCGUGCGCCCAGCCGGGCUCAAGAAAGCUUGGGACCAACUCGCCUUGCCCCGGGCAGGAGGAGCCCCCCUGGAGAGACCCCUGCCCAGCCCUCUCCCCUCACCUCGAAACCGCACGUAAAUAACCUCCCGCUGCCUGCCCUGCAAACUUCCCCGUGCGGUGCCGCGCUUGGCGGGCGAGGCCCGGACGCAGAGCCGGCCCGCAAGGCCGCUUGUCGGCCCGCUCAACCCAGCCUUGAUACAGGCUUGCGCGGAGGUGAGAGGAUGAGUGUGGUUCCGGCUCCCACUUGGCUGCCCAGACCAUCACCGCCGGCCUCCCAGAGCAAGAGCUUCCCCUCGGGAGCGGUGGUCUUGGGGGGCUGACGAGGGCGCAAAAUGCGCGCGCGGGGCUGGGGGGGGAGGCGGCCGCCGGUCUCUCCACGGGGCCUGUCGCCCGGCCGGCCGCGGCGGGUGAGUGAUGAGGGCAGAGAAGGGCGCCCAUAAAUCGCGGGUGUCAGGGCGAAAAACUCUCUUUAUUGUCUGCGUGAUGGAUGGGCCCGGGGACGAGACACCAAAUACUUCGUAUCGCCUUUAAAUGGGAACACAUUUUCCGCGGCCAUAAUUCAUGUUUUUUAAAUAGAAA